GUAAUGUCGACGAGUUCUCGAACACCAUCACCGUCGUCUCUAUCAGCCUGUGGUGGACCCUCAUCGUCAACGACAACCGCCCAUCCAUCAUCUUCACCAAAAUCAAAAACAUCGGUGACGUCAUCACGAAGUGAUACAGAUAGUGUGAUACCUGAGCAUAAACCUUCAUCGGCAUCUUCAUUUUCAAUUGGACGGCUUCUUUUUAGGAGUAGUGGAAGUUCGAAUAGUACAAAACGAGAUUCUGUGGACUCCGGUAAAGACGAUGAAACGGGGCGCUCACCUGCAACAAGUAGGCCAGGAUCACCAAAUCCCGGUGGAGAUAAGUCACCGCAAAUGUCAACUUCCAGGCGGUUAGCUGGGUUUGCAAGCAGAUCAAUUCGAAAAAGUCAAUGGCGUCUUUUCAAGCAUCGAACGUUUUUUGGCUCUCAGCGAAGCAGUAUGAAGAAAAAUCAGUUACAACUGCCACGUCUAACACUACGACAUCCAUCAAUCGAUAGUUCAGCAAUGCCUUUACAAUUGGAUGUUGAUGAGAAUGCAAGUGGAGAAGGAAGCGAUGAUUUCUUACAAAUUCGAAGAAGUACACAGAGACGAUGGACUGAUUCGGAUACUACGGGCCGUCUUCGCGAUUCACGAGAUUCGUCGGAUUUCAACGAUUCGCAUGACACGCUAGACAUCGCCGGAACGAGCGCGCACGGCGUCGCCGAUUCGUCGUCUCAUCACCAUCACAACUACUCGAUGACGGCACCUGUUUCUCCGAAUGUUCCGCUUUCAGCGAGCAGUUCGCAUUCCGAGGGAUGGAAAUACUCAUCGCAGAAGCUUCUAUGGAAGUUGAAACCAAAAUAUGCAUAUUCACAUGCAAGUUCAACAUCUUCAUCAACAGAUUCUGCAUGGAAAUCAUUGGACAGUAUGACAUGGCGAUCGGUAGAUGGUGCCGAAGUGGUGUUACGUGGUGCUCGACUAGAAAACCUAUCAGAAAUCGAACGAUCUGCUCUUCAACUCCUCGCCGCUCAACGUCUCACAAAAAUGCUUCCCGGUGUCAACUUGGGCAAACCAAAAGCUCUCCGACAAAAACGUCAAAAACUCGUGAAAAGCAAUCGAACGCCGACGGUAGCGGAUGUUCAACGAAGGGCCUCAGGGACACCGAUGCCUGAGGAAAAGAGGGUUUUUGGAGUGUCGUUGGCGAUGUGUAUGCUGAAUGAGAAGAGGCUGGAUCAGGAGAGUCGAUGUAGAUCACUUGAUGAUUCCACAGUUAUAAUGCUUAAUAAAUCAAAAGCGAAACCAACAAAAUCGGAGCCAGAAAUGAUGAGUCACACAAUGCCAGAAGAUCGUAAAUGGUUAUAUCCUUCUACUCAAAAUCUGUAUCCAACAUCAACUUCAAAUCCAUCAUCUCCAUCUCCUAUCAUGGGCUCAGCACCACCCACGGGCUCUAUACUUCCCUCUGCCAAUUUACUCUCCGCGGAGCCAACAACAUGUGAACCGCAGCAAGUGACCGGACGAUUUCUGAAAAAGCAACGUCCAGCUUCUGCUUCAUUUUCAUGUUCUCUAGAUGCAAACAUUGAUGAUGUGGAUCCACACGCACUUCAAGUUCCGAAAAUCGUGGAAAAUUGUACACAAUAUCUAAUGACUUACGGGUUGACACAAGUCGGAUUGUUUCGAGUUGCUGGAAAUACAAAACGAUGUAGACAACUGAGAAAUGCGCUGGAAAAGGUUGGCGGUGGAGCUGUGAUCAAUGACAAUAUGGUGGAGAACACAACGUCACACGACGUCGCAACUCUGCUCAAAGAGUAUUUCAGAGAUUUGCCGCAAAGUCUAUUGCCAGGGGAACAUUAUUCAGCGUAUAUUGGAGCAGCAAAACUCAACGUUGACGAGAGAAUCGAAGCGAUUCGUCUGCUCUUUGCUCUCCUCGUCUCUCCAAUUCUUGACACUCUCUUCGUACUUCUCAAGUUUCUUCACGAAGUCUCAUGCCAUUCACAGGAUCGGCAUGAUGAAGAUGGAGAAUUGCUGUCAGGUAACAAGAUGGAUGCUCGUAACUUGGCCACCAUCUUCGCUCCAUCAAUCCUGAGAGUUGACCAUGAUAAACUUCAUGAGACGCUCGCCGAGAAUGAGCAUCAGGUUAUUAUUGUUGAGACAAUGAUUUCGAAUGUUGAGGAGAUUUUUAAGAUUCCAAAAGAACUCCAGUGCAAGAUUUAUACAAAGCUUAGGGAAACCGAACCAGAUCGUCUUGAUCGGAUCCUGAAUCAUCUCUCCAAAAUGGACAGUCAUGAAUCCCACCCGGGCGUUCUUUUGUCUCCAUUCCCUGCUACACUUGAAGAAGAUUCAUCUCCCCGUCAUCAUCGUCAUGGUGAUCAUUCUCAUAUUGGAAGACAAAGCCCGUUGGCUCGAGAGCUCACUACAAAUGGAAAAGUGAAGGUUCAAUCACAGAGAAGUGGCUCGUGGCCGUUCUCACUAACCAAGACUCAAACUAGUCCUAGUCGUCCUGAAGGCCAACACUUUUUCCCUGCAGACUCCCAAGAUGGUCCCGGACCCAGCCAUAGUCAUCAUGAUCCUUCGACUAGUGGUACAACAAUGUCCGCCACGACAACUCCGGGUCCUGGAAGGAAGACUGAUUUUAGUAUGAAAGCUGCAGAUGAUUCUGGUAGAGAUUCUGAGUUCUGCUCGGAUGAGCUCACAUUUGGAACAAUCUCUCAGCCUGAAACAGCUCGUGAAAGAUCAGUUACAAUGUCCACUGCGUGUGGAUCUCCAAGUACUUCUAAUUCUAAGAAGACUCCUAUGAUGGCUUCUCUUCAAGGAGCCACCACCUCAAAAUCAGUCGACGCACGUUCUCCAUCUCGUGAAAGAGUCGAUAUUCGAAGUGCAGCUCGAUCAUCUGCCGCCGCUGCUCGUCGCCGUCUUCGGAAUGUCGUCAGAGCAUUCCGUUUCACUUCGAUGACACGUAGUACUCCAGAUAUUGCACAAUCCUCUUGAAAAGCCAGCAAAAAGAAAAAAAACAAUCUGCCCGUGAUAUCACAAACACAGUUACGGAUUGAAUCGAGUAGUUCCAAAUAGGAAAUCCAACCUAGGUGACUGAUAUAUCUUCCCCCUGAAUACAUUCCAUUUUCCUCUUGUUCCCUUCAUCUCAUUCCCAUUCCAUUUCUCUUAUUUGUUAAAGAUUCUCAUCCAACUAGCCAUGAUAUUCAAUUUGCACAAAAAAGAACUCUCAAUCAUUGUACAUUUCUUUAAAAUAAAUUUACUAGUAAAUACAUAAAUAAAAAUAAUAC